AGAAUUAUUAUAAAUUAUUUCAUUUUUUUAUUUUAAUAAAAACCCAUGAAUUUGACUAACUAAUUGUCAAUUAAAAUUGUUUUUUAGUACUACUUAGUCUCUAAACUGUCUACUUUGGUUGGAUUUAUUUAGUCAUGAACUAUUUUUAGACUAUGUUUAGUUUUAAUUUGUAAUGUGUCAAAUUCUUAUUAAAAUAUUUUUAUUUUUAAAUUAUUAUCUUUUGUUUGGUUUUUUUUAGGGUGAUAUUUAGAAAAAUUCUUUUAAAGUUGAAAAUAUUUACAAAUAAUAGUAAAAUAUCACAAUUCAUCUGUGAUAGAUUCUGACAGACUUCUAUCAUGACACAAAUGACCAGUGAAAUUUUAUUAUAUUUGUAAAUAUUUUGAUUCAUUUUCCUAUAUUUAAAAAAAGUCUUUGUAUUUACCAAAAUACAUUAUAAAAAAUAUAGAUUAUUGGACAGUCUUCAAAUAUAAGAAAAUGAACCAAAAUACUUAUAAAUAAUAGCAAAAUAUCAUUGUUGAUAGACUACGAUAAACUAAUAUAUAUGUCUAUAAUGACACAAAUAGAUACAGAUGGUAGUUUAUCAUUGUCUAUCGCGGUCUAUCACAGAUAAAUUGUGAUAUUUUGCUAUUAAUUAUAAAUAUUUUUAAUAGUUUUAUCAUUUAAAAUAAUUUUCCUAGAUUAUUUCAUAUUUUAUUUCAAUAAAAAACCAUAAAAUUUAAUAAUUAAUUAUCAAUUAAUUUUUUUUUUUUUUGGUUUAGAUCUAUAUGCUUUGCUUCAAUUUAAUUGGUUAUGGACUUUUAAAAGAAAAAUGCCUAGUGCAUCCUAGGCUAAAUUUUACAUUUCUAGUCAAUUGUCUUGGUGUAGUUUGUCACUGACAACUUUUCAUGCUUCUUUUAUUUUUUAAAUAUAUAUAUAUAUUAAUUAGGAUGGAAUGCACAAAGAUAUGGAUCCUUAUUUGCGUAACUUUAAUAUAAUUUAAAGAAAAAGGCUAAAAAUAAGGAUCCAAAUGGAUAUAUCAAAAGUAUAAGGACCAAACUAAACUAGAAUUGAAAGUAUUGAACCAAAUUAAAAUAUAAAAUAAGCUCUAAAAUAGUAUUUAAACCCUUUCUUAAUAGAAAUUUCAAAUUAUGGACCAUAAUCCUCUUAAUUGAAAAAUUAUUUGGUGAGUCCACCUUCAACAAUUCUAUAUCAAGUGGUUAUUAGCGACUGUACAUAACUAAACUUUUAAGAAAAACAUGAAAGAACACACAGGUCUAUUAAAAAGAAUAAAAGGCUCCAAUCAAGUAAAAAAAAUGUUAAGAGUAUUACAGAAGGGCUCGGUCACAAAAACUCAAAGAGAAAUGUAAAGUCUAUCAAGGGUCCAAACAUCACUCAAAGAUCUCUCCCACCUACUAACUAUUCUAUCAUUUCUCUCGGUUUGGAGACGCACAGAGUAUACACCUCUGCCACAAUAAAAGCUCCUCCGAAAAAGGUGAGUGGAGAAGGAGAUCCAUGAUUGUUUGUUAGCAAUCUUGAAAAUUGAUGAAAUAAUAUUUGGACCCCUCAAACAAGACUGGCCAAAUCACACCUCCAAAUAAGGUUAUCCAAGUCCUCGACGACCCAAAGAGUAAAGUGGCUUGUCGAUUUCUUAAUCCACAUCGAAUAAUUAUUAUAAGACUAACUUGAAACAUAAUCUAUGCUAAAGUCUUCUCUUCAUGUUAGUAUAAUAAUAUAUAAAAAGUAUGUCAAGUGUAUCUUUGUUUAAGGUCCUUCCUUCUAAUGCUGUGAGUUUGAAUUUCACUUCUUAACUAAUAAUUUACAAACUGUUCAACUAAAAUUGAAUAAAACAUUUUUUAAAUAGAAUUUUGAAGGUUGUGGAUCACAACUAUCUUAAUCGAAAAAUUAUUUGAUAAAAUUGUCAAUCGUCAUAAUAUGUAUGACAACUUUUCACCGUUGCAUUAUGAAAGAGUAAUAUCUCGAAGUUAUAUUUGUAUUAAGUGACAUAUAGAUUUUUAAAUCCACAUCAAUCAAUCAUUACGAGGGAUUCAUGUCUUGAAUAAUUUGACUUUUUAAUUUCACAAUGGUUGAAACUAAUAACUUAGCUUGCAGGUAGAGGUAGCUUCAAACACAAUCUAUGUUAAAGUCUUCUUCUCGGGUUAAAAUAGUAAUAUAUAAAAAAUGUAUCAAGUGUAUCUUUGUUUAAGGGUCCUUCCCGAUUACAAUUGUACUCGAGAGUUUGAAUCUUUACUCCUUAUUUGUGAUGUUAUAAUUUAAAAGAAAUUAAUAUAUGCGUGUGUCAUGUGAACUACUAAAAAAAGAAAGAAAGAAAGAAAAUUUGGAGACAAAAGCCGAAAAAGUUAGGAUUUUUAAUUCUUUUUUUAAUGUUAUUAAAAAAACAUUCAAUAUAGGAUCUGUUGGAAAAUUAAUUUAAAAAUAAUUUAUUUGAUAAAAGUUGGGACUGCUUUAGCUCCUAAAUCAAGAUUAUUAUGGGUUAAUGUUAUAAAAAUUCUCUUUCCCGAGUUAUGGUUGAAAAUGAAUCAAAGAUUAUUUCAAGUGAAGUCACGUCCAUGAUCAAAUUGUUUUGAUGAUUUGGCUCGUCUCCAGACUUCCUGUGGAAGCUCUUUCGUUUUAAGAUUUAUGUUUAAACAGGACUGCUUUUAUUUUUUAGUUAUAACUUUCUUUUUUACUUUCUGCUUUUUAUCUUUUAUUUUAUGUAUACUGUUGGGCUAACCUCUUUCCAUCGAUGUAAUGAAAUUUUUUGUCUCUCUGUUUUAAACAAUAUUUAGGUGCAUCCUACCAAAAUUACGGAUCAUAACUUAUCAUGUGGCAAAUUCUUCUUAUUCCCUUUCUCAAAUGUCUAAGUUAUUUUUUUGGUAUGAGUGAUGUGAGAGGAUGUCUAAAGAUAGGUGCAUUGUAGAAUGCAGCCAAGUACUAAAAAAAAAAAAAAAAAAAAAAACUUCAAACCUCUCUGAAAUUUUUCAUUAUUCCCCCUUCUUCUCUCCGAGCUCACGGUUUAGCUUCAAACUCACAUGGGAAGUCCACCAUUGGUUUCGCAUUGUGAUGUUCAAGAAAAGCAAAUAAAUCUUGCAUUUACUUUAGUCUCGUCUCUUAGCACAACAUUUAAGGAAGCAUGGAUUACUCAAUCUAGCAUUUCACCAUUCCAGAAAGAAGCCAGGGUUUUUCUCCAUCAUCAUCACAAAAAAUCUAUGGUCUAUUUGGAAUCUAUAUAUAAGUGGACUUACCUCUCUUCUAUUUGCACAUAAAACUUGUUCAAAGCCAAUGGCUUGUAAGUUUCUGUUUCCUCCCUUACUAGCUUCAUUUCUUAUACUUUUAACCCUUUUCACCUCUUCAUCUGCUGAAUAUGAUUCUCUCACUAAUUUUCCCCCUUCAAAAGCCAUUUGCAAAUUCACCUCAAAUCCUUCUUACUGCAUCACCGUCCUUAAAAAAUCCACAGGUGGUAAUAUCUACGACUCUGGCCGGUUUUCGAUCCGUCGUUCUUUAUCUAAAGCAUCUAGAUUCUUUGACUUGAUUGAGAAGCAUCUUCAAAACUCAUCAACUCUACCAAAAUCCAUCACUGGAGCUCUUACAGAUUGUCAGUAUCUUGCUCAACUGAAUAUCAAUUUCUUGUCGAAUUCGUUUCGGGCCGUUAACGGCACUGAUAAAAAGCUAACUUACUCAAAAGCUGAUUAUAUCCAGAGUCUUCUUAGUGCCAUCUUAACCAACAUUGAUACUUGUCUUGAUGGUCUAAAAACUGUAGCCGCAGGUUCUAGUUUGGAGAAGGAUUUGUUAGCUCCACUUAUUGAUUGUACCAAAUCAUACAGUCUUUCACUCGAUCUUUUUACGAAGGGUUGGGUUCCUAGGAGGAAUAGAAACAGAACACUUGACCACCCUGGGAAAAAACACUUGCAGUUUAGGAAAGGACCGUUACCAUUGAGAAUGUCGAGACGCGACCGUGCAGUUUACGACUCGGUGGCAAAUCGGAGAAAGCUGUCGUCUUCUUCAGAUGAUGGAGUUUUGGUUAAUGGUAUUGCAGUUGUGAGUCAAGAUGGCAAAGGAGACUUCCUUAACAUCACAGAUGCUAUUAAUGCAGCUCCAAACAACUCUCUUGCUGCCAAUGGCUACUUCUUGAUUUACAUUUCGGCUGGUGUUUACCAAGAAUAUGUGUCUAUCCCUUCAAAGAAGAAGUAUUUGCUGAUGAUUGGAGAUGGUAUAAAUCAAACUAUCAUCACAGGCAACCAUAGCGUCGUGGACGGAUGGACGACUUUCAACAGUGCAACUUUUGCUGUAGCAGCAGAAGGAUUCAUGGCAGUAAAUAUAACUUUCCAAAACACAGCUGGAGCAAUCAAAGGCCAAGCAGUUGCAUUAAGAAGUGGAGCUGAUAUGUGUGUUUUCUACAGCUGCAGUUUUGAAGGCUACCAAGACACUUUAUACACUCAUUCCCUCAGGCAAUUCUUUAGAGAAUGUGACAUUUAUGGUACUGUAGACUUCAUAUUUGGAAAUGCUGCUGUUGUCUUCCAAAACUGUAACAUAUAUCCCCGUCUCCCCCGUCCCGGUCAGGCCAACAUGAUCACCGCUCAAGGCCGAUCGGAUCCGAACCAAAACACCGGGACUUCGAUCCACAACUGCGCAAUCCGAGCCACGAGCGAUUUGGCUGCAAGUAGUAGCUAUAUGAACAAGACAUAUUUGGGAAGGCCAUGGAAGCAAUAUUCAAGAACAGUGUACAUGCAAACAUUUAUAGAUGGAUUUGUAAAUCCUAGUGGUUGGGAUCCAUGGACAGGGGAAUAUUUGAGCACAUUGUAUUAUGGAGAGUAUAAUAAUACAGGAGAUGGAUCAAAUACAAAGAACAGAGUUAAUUGGGCAGGUUAUCAUGUGAUUAAUAAUGCAACAGAUGCUGCUAAUUUUACAGUUUCAAAUUUCUUGGUUGGGGAUGUGUGGUUACCUCAAACUUGUGUGCCUUACACUGGAGCCUUCAUAUAAGUGGUCUCAGCUAUAUUAUUCUAUGUGUUCUUUUUGUAAUGGCUAAUCCUUAAUUUUCCUCAUAUUCAACUCGACAAGUAAGGUUGUUUGUACUCUUAAUUCAACUAAUGCUAUUUUUUUUAAUCUCAUUUCCAAGAUAAUAAUAUGAUUAAGGGUGUACUCCCUAA